AUGCAAACGUUCUACGCCGGCCUGCAGUUGAACAACGACUUCCGAAACCUAUCGAAGGACUCCGGCUCGGAGUCCUUCCUGGCACGCUUCCGCUUCCGGUUAGUCAGCUACUUCCUCGCCUGCGCAGUGGUCGCGGGCUUGGCCGUCAUGACCGUGCUGCUGGUCGUGCUUCCCAGACCACGGCGUGACGCCCAGAGGCCCCGCGCACUGCUCUGCGUUCGCGAGGAGUGCUUCCUGGGAGGAAGCGUGAUGAGCAGCGCUCUCGACCUCAGUCGCGAUCCCUGCGACGACUUCUACGCGUACGUCUGCGGUAACUGGAAGCCCACCUCUCCAAGCGCUCGUUCGGCUAUCGAUGACAUCCGUGUGAGAACGCUGUCUAGGGCUGCACUCCUGCUUGACCAGCAAUACGGCAAGGACUUUAUGGGACAGGCUGCAAAGCUGUACCGGAGCUGCAUUGAAACCGUACGCGGAAACCAGGACCAUACACUGAAACUCAGGACAUUCCUGCAAGAAAGGGGAUUGUUCUGGCCACGACCGGCGCCGCCCAACGCAACCACGGACCCACUGUCCGCGGUCGUUGAGCUGUCCCUGAACUGGCGCCUCGACCUGUGGUUUCAUGUUACACUGGUGGCGACGCCCGACGGGAAGUCUGUGCAUGUGCGCCUGCAGCCAGGGAUGGUUAACCAGGACUGGACUCGUUUUCUAUGGACGGUGCGCCAUGACAACCACAUGACGCACUUGUCCUAUCAGCAGGAAGCAUCCAAGCUGUUUACCAAGGACGGCUUCGAGACAAUGACGCGGGAGGUGAUGGAGCAGAUGGCGUCCCUCGAGCUCCAGGUCGCGCAGAUGCUCUCGCCAGGAAACAUGACGCUGCAGCCACCACUCGGCGGCAAAAAGCCGUGUGGCCGCGUCGCGUGGCGGAACGUUGGCUGCCUGGUGCCCGGAGUGCAACCCUCGCGCUGGCUCGCUGCCCUCUCACGUUGCCUUGGUCCUUCCGUGGGCGAGAACACCACAGUGUCUGUGUGGAAUUGGCGGUUCGGCGAAAUGCUCGGCAAGGUUUUGGCGCUAAACCCGAACAACGUCCUUCUGGAUGUUAUAGGCUGGACCGUAGUUCAGAUGCUGGGCUGGGCCGCUCACCCGUUGCUGGGGUACGUGCGUUUGGGCGGCGAGGUGGACGCCAGACAGAGUGCGCCACCGUUCUGCCUGGCCGCCACUGAGGCGCUGCUCGGUGAGGCUGCAACGGCCACGCUGCUGGCGACGCAUCUACCCGCAAAGCAUAGGAUGCAGGCAAAUAACUUCUUCAGCUCUAUGUCCAAGAGCUUCUCCCAGAUGAUGCGGGCUUCGACGAGCGCUUUGAGUCUCGGUCACGAUGGUGACCUGGAUGCCACACGCAACGUCACGUUGCGGCUAUGGCCCAAGGCGGCGUCGAGACUGCAGCUGGAGCGAUCUUACGGCUCCAUGCCGACACCGCCCAGCUCCUCGUCGUUCCUGGACAACUGGUUCACCCUGGCUCCCGCUGCUGCCAGCUUGGCCAAGGAGGCAGCGCUCGCCGGAGGCUCACCUAUGGGACCGUUCGGCUUCACGCCGUUUGCCUGGCGUCAUCGUUACGAGGAAGGACACGCGGCUGUGCUCUUGCCGAUUUGGAUUAUGUUUCCUCCAAUCUACGCGCCAGGACUACCACAUGGUGUGGCUUACGGCGGCGCGGGCACGUUGUACGCGACGCUGCUCGCCGAAGGCCUCCCCACGGCGCUCCUGGACAGCCUGGACAAGAGCGGCCACUACUCGUCGGCGGCGCUGUGCUCGCACCAGCAGGAACCGUGGUUGCGGCGCGCCAUCGGCAUCGAGGCCGCCUGGCGGGCGCUCCGUAAGGUGUCCUCUGUCGGGAACGGUGGUAGCGGAGGCCACCUACUGGGUCUCGAGGACUUCUCCGGCGCCCAGAUGUUCUUCCUGGCCGCUUGCCUUCAGCUCUGCGACGCUCCGCUGUCCAGGCGUGCCGAGUGUAACUUUGCUCUUCGCCAGUCGGACGCAUUCGCGAGCGUCUUCUCGUGCGCCGAGGGAACUCGCAUGAACCCCAGAGACAAGUGCAGAGCGUGGUGA